AUGUCCAACCACCCACAGUGGCUGCCAGCAAAGCAGAACCAGCAAUCCUCCACUGCAGGCCCGCAGCCUGCCCGGGCAGCAUUUGUCCCUCAGGGCGCGGCAACGUUUCAAAGUCCUUGGGCGCGUGCUCCGGCACAGCAGAAAGCACAAUCCCCACAGCCAGCACCUUCAGACCAGCAAAAUGCCGCUCCAGCCUUUCAGAGCUCGUGGCAGCAGGCUCCUGCUCAACAAGCUGUGCCGGCGUGGCCUGUCCAUAAUGCACACCACCCUGACAGCCAGUCAGCACAUCAGAAUGCAUGGCAGCAGGCACCACAGCAGCAGGCACCGCUGACAAAUCCCUCUGGAGCUCGGGAUGAGUAUGCGCAGCCACAGUAUGAGGGUCAUGGAUAUGGGGUGGAAAAUGGACAUGGCAGCAGUCCUGUGCAGCAUGCAGGCGUUGAUGCCCCUCAGGAGGUGGCCCCAAUUCCUCAUGAGCAACAGCAGCAAGCACACCAUGGGUCAGUUGCAAAUGCAGCAACGGAUUUUACAUCCCCCACCUUCACUGCCGCGGCCCGGUUGCGGGACCUUCAAAACGAAAUUGCCGCGCUCCAGGACAAGGAAGCUGAGGUCAGGAAAGCCAUAGCUCACCAGUCUGCGGUGCAAAAGGAUCGAUUGAGGCAGUCGUCAGCCGGACAGGCAGAAGCAUCUGUGGGUCCUGGCUUGCCACAGGAUGCUGCCGGCCUGGCUGGGGAGCUGAAUGCUAUUGAAGGGGCCCAGAAAUAUGCUCACAGCCUCCAGGCAUUUCUGUCUGGAGUUUCUGAGGCAGUGGCUGCCCACUCGACGGCGGCGGAGAAGUGUGAGUCGGUGGCGCAGCUGCCCUCUGCGGGGGUGCCUGUGCAGCUCUGUGAUCUCGCAGAUGGCUCACUGGCAAGAGCUGCUGGUGCCCAGGAGAAGCUGGUGACAUGUCUGAGGGGGGUGCUGAGGCAGCGGCUGGAGGCUGUUGGGUGGCCGCCGCCAGUCACUGCGCUGGACGAUGUGAACAGGAUUGCGGCUGCUUUCAUUGCUUUGCAGCGCUCCGUGCAGCGCUCGUCAUUUGAAGCGGGCGUCCAGAGCUCUGCAGAAACGGAGGCCCCUGCGCUGUGGGCGAUUGAGGAGGUCGCAGCGCCGGUGGCGGAGCGGCUGCGCGCGCAUUUCGCGGCCGGCCGCCCGACGGACCGCGCAGACCGGCCCGAGUGGCUCUUUGAGACUGCGCUGCGGCUGGUGCGCCAGCUGGCGCCCGGCACCGCGCCCCUGCAGGCUGCUGUGGAGGUGCAUGGCCUUGGGGAGGUUUACCACGUUCCCCUGGAGUUCGCGCGCGCCAUCAGGGGGGCUGUCAAGGGCGUACUUCGAGACCAUGUAUAUCCCCGGCUGGCGAAGCUGGCGAAUACAGCGCUGUGGCUUCAUGCGGUGGAGCAGGCCGUGUCUUUUGAGCGUUCCCUGGCCCCUCUGCGUGGCCUGACCAUGCCCGUGACCAGCCCGGAGCUAAUGCAGAGCACAGCAGAGCCCUGGAACCAGGGGUCCUGCCUCGAACUCCUUGCCACCCAACUUGCAUGGAGCACGGGGUGGUGGGCGGCAGAGAGGGAGGAGGCGGUGCGGCAGCUAGACGAGAUCAUGGACGCCCCUGACGCGUGGCAGACCGCCCCGAGCGCCUGGGGCGCACCCACAGAACCCGGCAUGGACCUCAUGGAAGACGAUGAACCCAGGUCAAUGGAGGCGUGGCGGUCAGAGUUCUGGCCACCGGCUGCCGCAGAGGGCGCGCUCGCAAUUGUGACAGACCUGGCGCGCAAGUGCGCGUGGCUGGCGGACUCCACCGCCCGGCGCCAGUUCGCAAUCGCCGUCCCACAGGAGGUGCUGCGGAAGCUGCAGUCGCGGCUGAGUCGGCUGGCCAAGGUGGCGGAGGACUUCCGAGCGCUGGCCUCGCCCGGCUGGGCUCCGCGCAUCGGCGCCUACAUCAACGCCGCGCACUGGCUGGCCCACUCCCUGCAGGAAGCCGCCGGGCCCCUGCUGCUGCUCGACCUUGAAGACUCGUCUGAGGGCCAUGGGAGGGGCAGCGUGCUGGCGACAAAAGCAGAGGCCUUUUCGGCCUUCAAGCAGAAGUGGACCCUGAGGCUGGCCAAGUCUCUGGCCACCACCUUCAGCGAUGCCACGUCCGGCUACCGCAAGCGCACCAACUUUGAGCAAUUUGCAUCGCAUGGCUCCGGCCGCAGGGAUGGUGAGAUAUCGCCGCGGCUGCAGCCUGCGCUGGAGGCUCUGUCCGCCUCGCUGCAGACUCUGAGCGCCAGCCUGGACGCCGUGGUAUUCUCUGACACCUGGCGCGCCGCAGCAAUCGCCAUCACGCGCACCAUGUUCAAUGAUGUUGCCACAGAAGCGCAUUUCUCUGCCGAGGGGGCAAGCCAGUUCCAGACGGAUGUAUCGGGGCUGAUAGCAGUGUUCCAGCCGUACACAGCGCGCCCGGCCGCGUACCUGCGCGAGCUGGCCGAGGCAUGCACGCUGCUGACUCUAGACGCAGACCAGGCCGCCUCAAUCGCCGCCAACCUGGCUGCCAUGUCACCCCAGGACGGUACUGCGCAGUUGAAGGCGCUGAGAGUGGCGCGCCUGACCCCCGACCAGGCGCUGUGCGUGCUCAGGCAGCGGCUGUAUUGAGGGUAGUGGCCGGAGCUAGACGUGGUAAUGAGAGCACUUUUGUCCAUGCAUGAUGAGUGUGUCAUACGCCACAGGGAUCCAAGGUUCAACAAAUUGUCGGAUGGCCAAGGGCCCGUAGCUGCAGUGAAUAUGUAGUGUUGUCAUGGAUUAUGUCUGUGAGUAAGCAUUGCGACAUGUAGAGUCGUAAUGAUUCUGUUUGCUAUGAUUCUUCGAAGGGCCAUCAUGAGGUGCAGCGUGCAAAUAUAAUCGGAUAG